AUGUUCCACGCCGCACUCUACCUCGCCCUACUCACAAGCCUGGCCGGAAUGGCCCUCGGAUCUCCGGACGCAGAGUCUGAUCUUGCACCUAGAUCCGACGGGGCGGUGGAGGACUCGCCGUACCUCGAGGCCCGAGCCACCCUGCCGAGAGCCAAGUUCUCACGGACUGGAUUGGGACCACAGCGGCAGGAGACCGCUCGCCGGCCGGGGAUGCCCACGUCGUCUCGCCGGUACAAGAAGAGGCGCGGGUCGCGCAAGCCGUCAGGUCGUAUGAUCAAGACCAAGUAUAAGAAAAAGCCAUCUAGGGAGAAAAUGAUGAAGGCCGGGCCGCAGAAGAGAUCCUCUGUGAACAAGGAGCUGAAACUGGCACUGGAGGGUCUGGGGCUGUAG